ACACAAGUCCAUGGAGCAAGAUGGAGAGAAGAUAGUAUAGCGACGUGGUGGACUUGUGGACAGCAUGGCUUUCCUGGACAACCCAACAAUUAUUCUUGCUCAUAUUCGGCAGUCACACGUGACCAGUGAUGACACUGGGAUGUGUGAGAUGGUCCUGAUAGAUCACGAUGUCGACCUGGAGAAGUUUAAUCCCUCGUCAGCAUAUGGGGACAGUGGUUCAGAAACCCAGGGAAGCAAUGGUGAGACUCAGGGCUAUGUGUAUUCCCAAUCAGUAGAUAUUACCUCAAGCUGGGACUUUGGAAUCAGAAGACGAUCAAACACAGCUCAGAGACUAGAACGUCUGCGGAAAGAGAGACAAAAUCAAAUAAAAUGCAAAAAUGUUCAGUGGAAAGACAGAAAUACUUCUCACUCAGCAGAGGAGCUGAGCUCACUAUUUGAAAAAAAGAAUUUCAGAGUAAAAUCUCCGUGUUCUGGGAAGCCGUCAAUACUGUCUGUGCGACUUGAACAGUGUCCGCUGCAGCUGAAUAACCCCUUCAAUGAGUACUCAAAAUUUGACGGCAAGGGUCACGUUGGUACAACGGCAACCAAAAAAAUUGAUGUCUACCUCCCGCUGCACACAAGCCAAGACAAACUCCAGCCCAUGACAGUUGUGACGAUAGCAAAUGCCAAGGUGCACGACCUGAUUGGACUCAUAUGCUGGCAAUACACAAGUGAGGGACGGGAACCGAAACUGAACGACAACGUCAAUGCCUACUGUCUCCAUAUUGCUGAGGAUGACGGCGAGGUUGACACAGAUUUUCCACCCUUGGAUUCCAACGAGCCCAUUCACAAGUUUGGCUUCAGCACCCUGGCGCUGGUGGAAAAGUACUCGUCCCCCGGGCUGGCCGCGAAACAGUCGCUCUUUGUCCGCAUAAAUGCUGCUCAUGGAUUCUCACUUAUUCAGGUGGACAGUAUGAAGGUCACCAUGAAGGAUAUCUUGCAAAAGGCCUUAAAGAGAAGGAAGGGAUCACAGAGAGGCUCAGCACCGCUCAGCAGCAGUUCUGUGCGCAGGUUUGUGUCCUAG